AGAAGUUGUAUAAAGGACCCUUCAAUCCAAUGCCAGCCCGAAAGGGGCUGCUAGCGCCCCAAAAUACAUUCUUGGAUACCAUCGCAACACGUUUCGAUGGCACACAUUCCAAUUUUGUGCUUGGAAAUGCGCAGGCAAAUGGCAAUCCAAUUGUUUAUUGCUCGGAUGGCUUCGUGGAUUUGACAGGAUAUUCACGGGCGCAAAUCAUGCAGAAGGGAUGUUCGUGUCAUUUCCUGUAUGGACCGGAUACAAAGGACGAGCACAAACAACAAAUUGAGAAAAGUCUGCUGAAUAAGACCGAACUGAAACUGGAGGUUAUAUUCUAUAAGAAAGAUGGUGCGCCGUUUUGGUGUCUUUUUGACAUUGUACCGAUAAAAAAUGAAAAGCGUGAUGUGGUUUUAUUUCUGGCAUCGCACAAAGACAUCACACAUACGAAAAUGUUAGAAAUGAAUGGGACUGACGAUUGUGAUAGCGCUGCUUUGUUGGGCGCACGUUUUCGUGCUGGCUCCAAUGCAGGUAUACUCGGUCUGGGCGGUUUGCCCGGACUGGCUGCUGCUGCUAAUGCCGCGGAUGAUGCUGAUGGUGCGGAAACUAAUAACCUAGAUGUACCUGCUGGCUGUAAUAUGGGCAGAAGAAGAAGUCGUGCAGUUUUGUAUCAACUUUCAGGUCAUUAUAGACCUGAGAAAGUAAAGACUAAGUUAAAAUUGGGAAACAAAUUGUUGCAUUCAUCUGAAGCUCCUCUUCCUGAGUACAAAACUCAAUCGAUAAAGAAGUCACGCUUCAUUUUACCCCAUUAUGGUGUUUUCAAAGGAUUCUGGGAUUGGAUUAUACUGGUGUCAACAUUUUACGUUGCCAUAUUGGUGCCAUACAACGCUGCCUUCGCCAAAGCGGACCGACAAACAAUGGUGUCAGACGUAUUUGUCGAGGCAGUUUUCAUAAUUGAUAUUUUGCUUAAUUUUCGUACCACUUUUGUGUCCAGUAAAGGAGAAGUGGUAUCUGAUUCAAAGCUGAUAGCCAUCAACUAUUUAAAAGGCUGGUUUGUAGUGGACUUGUUAGCCGCUUUGCCAUUCGAUCAUUUGUAUGCCUCCGACCUUUAUAAUGGAGAGGAAUCACAUAUUCAUCUUGUGAAACUAACACGCCUGUUGCGUUUAGCACGUUUGCUACAGAAAAUGGAUCGAUACUCACAAUACACGGCCAUGAUAUUGACUUUGUUAAUGUUAAGCUUCACGCUGGUUGCACAUUGGUUGGCGUGCAUCUGGUAUAUCAUUGCCGAAAAGGAGCACUUGAUAAAUGACAACGACUGGAAAAUAGGUUGGAUGCAUGCUUUAGCGGAACGAUUACGAGUGCCAAUAUCUAAUAUAACGAAUGCUGAAGCAUAUUCUACGGCGCUCUAUUUUACUUUGACUAGUUUAACGUCUGUUGGUUUUGGUAAUGUUUCCGCUAAUACCACCGUUGAGAAAGUUUUCUCUAUUGUCAUGAUGCUUAUUGGUGCUCUUAUGCAUGCCGUGGUUUUUGGUAAUGUGACCGCAAUUAUUCAACGCAUGUAUGCUCGUCGUUCCUUGUAUGAGAGUAAAUGGCGCGAUUUGAAGGACUUUAUUGCUUUACAUCAGAUGCCGAAGGAACUGAAACAAAGGAUAGAAGAUUACUUCCAAACGUCAUGGUCACUUAACCAUGGAAUUGAUAUAUACGAGGCUGAAAUGGAAAUGAUUUACGAUGUUCAUCAGUGCAAUGCUACCAGCUCAAUAGUCACACAGACGAAUUGCCAUUUGAGUAAAAAUAAGAAACGUCGAACUUUCAAUUUGGAGAUCACCUUUUCAAGUGACGUUAAGAAAUUUUUUUUCGACUUGGUAAUUGUUUUUCCUCGUAAGCCGAGAAAUUUUGUUUUAAUAAAUAUGAGUAGAGCGGAUGGUUGUCAAAUGUUGGGCAAUGAAAACCAAAUUGCUCUGGUACAACUGGGCCGUGCUCACAUGGAUAAGUACAGCAAUUUUCCAAAAAAGUGCCCAUUCCAAAAGGAUGUUAUCUAUUAUGUGCGCAGUUAUCGCUAUGACAUUAAAUUUAUACCUGCAUUCUCAUUUGAAAGUGAUAUGUUGGUUUGGGUUAAUUUUUAUUCUGAUCGAACAAAGGCUGAAAUGGAAAUAAUUUACGAUCAUUACGAAUGCAAUGCCACAAGUUCAAUUGUAACACAUAGUAAUUGCUAUCUUAGCAAAAACAUUAAAAGACGUACAUUCAAUUUAGAGUUGAAAUACAUUAAGGAUGUGAAAAAUUUUUUCUUUGAUUUAAUUAUGGUUAUGCCUCGACAGCCAAAAAAUUUUGUUUUAAUUAAUAUUAGUAGAGCGAAUGGUUGCCAAGUUCUUUCAAAUGAAAAUCAAAUUGUGCUUGUGCAAUUAGGCCGUGCUCAUUUGGAUAAAUACAGUAACUUUCCCAAGAAGUGUCCUUUUUUGAAGAAUGUGCUCUAUUAUGUACGCGGAUAUCGUUAUGAUAUUAGAACAAUGCCAGCUUUUUCAUUUGAAACAAGUAUGAUGGUUUGGAUUAACUUUUAUUCCGAUCGCACCAAAAUCUGGGAAAUGCUGCUAAAAACUCAUAUUGCAAAAAAGGGACGUCGUAACUAG